UGACCUGUCUGAAUCACGACUAACGUAUUAACAAGUGUUGGAUACUUCGCCUGCGUCACAGAGGCAGGGGAGGACACCCACCCCACCAGAGGCCACGCCCACAUCCACGUCUCCUUUCACGCCCAUACUUGAUUCCUAUUCCAGACACUUCUGUUACAACAUUCCCUGUCGUCGUGGUUAGUGCCUGCAGCGUGACCGGAGGCGGCGAGGGGUGCACCGUCGGCCUCUUGCAGCACCAGUCGUCUCUCAGACGCUGCUGAGACAACACAUUGCUGUUCCAACAUCUCUUCAUUCUUGAACGCUACCGCUCGUGAGAAAUGUGAGACAAGAUAGAAUAAUACCGAGGCUGCGUAGUCAUACUUGAACACUGUAAGACUGGCGUAGACCGAUUCAGCAACACCAAGACUCCUGCACGAAGAGACAACAACCUCAAAAAGGUUCACCGAGAACCUCUUUAUGUCGAAUGAAGUGGUGGUGGCAGCUGAGUGAUCGCUGUUAACACAGUUCCCCAAGAGAAGAGUCUCAAAAACACGGCUUGUUGACUGCCGUGACUUAACAAUACUGACACGGAUUUGAAAACUGCUUGUGUAAUCUGGCAUCGCACUGUGUUCUGCAAGGCUUCACCUACCUCUCCCUCCCUUCCCGAAGUUCUGCCACUUUCCUGACAACAAACAAUUAAAGUCCAUCAUCUCUUUCUUCUGUCCAUCUCCAUUUUUUAGAGACUACCCGUGACCGCCUCCUCCAAGUUCCUCCUGGCCACUAACACAUCGGCUGCCAUUGACCCUCCUUCAGGAAAUAUGAAAACGCCCCCGCCGCUACAAAAAAGUUGCUGUGCAUCCUUUGUCAGCCGCUCCAGGUAUUAGAAGUUCCGUACAGUGGCCUCCAUAAUCCUAUUAGCUCGUUGACGGUUCAUAGUACUGUCCCGCUGGACCGCCUUGGAAUAUUCAAGCCAUAAGAAAUUGGGACACAUAAGUGAAAAAGCUGGCUGGCUUAGCUUCCUCCCGGUGCCACACUUCACGCGCGUUGCAUCCGGGAGCUGGGCCAGUAUUGUGACGUCACUUCCUCGCCACGGGUACGAUAUGUUGAGUGAAUCAGGCGACGACACACAAGUAAAUUAAUCUAUUAUACAGACGUUUUAUUUUAAUUUCUUACUAAUUUCAAGACUUGCAUGUGAAGUAAAUGUCCAUUAAAUAAACGAAAAAAAGAGUUGAAGGCGAGGUGAAAAAAGGGGCAUUCGGCAGCUCCCAGUAGGUUCUUUCCCGCGCUGCCGCCAGAGUCCCAAGGUGAUCUCGACGCGACAGUCCGUUGCAAGCUGCCAGUUCAGUGUACACCGCGGACGCUGCUGUCACACGCUGCCGGUCUGGGACACUUUAACCUCUUGAAGGUGUGCCAGUCUACACCUUACACAACGCGGGUGUUGCUGUUAACGUUAUUACUGAGUUACAAUUUGUGAUUGCUUUCGAGUGUAUUUAAUCUGACGUGUUAAAUUAUUGAUAAAUCACGAUUGUGUGUACAUAUCUUAGUAUUUUAGAAGUAUUUAUUUUUUCACAUCAAUGCUGGCGUUGUAUUUUUGCUGUAACUCUCGCAAUUAGACAAGAGAAUUUAUAUCCACAGCCAACUAUGGUAUAGUGGAUAAUAUCGCAAGUGAUAAAACAUUUUUAAACGUGUCUUCGUAUUUCAUCUUGACUACUAUGGCGCCUAAUAUACCCUUAAAAGAUACGUGGGGAGAGAGCGAAGAAUCGAGCAGGGAGAUGUUGGUGGAGGUGUCUGAACCUCCAGUGGUAGAUGUACCGGAGGUUUUCCUCCCUCACCUCCCUCAGCAUUUCCAGGACCCUGACAGCCCCAACUUACACCUUCUGCAGCGCACAGAACCCCGCAGAGGAACACAAAAACCCACCACCAGAAUUCCAAGCACGAGCACUAGGUCGACCCUCCGAGCCCUCAGACCCUCCAGUGAGACAACUCGGCCGGACGAGGUAUUCAGUGAGCCGAGCAGUGUCAGGGUGUUGGGAGACGCGGCUCAGGUGACUGGCGUGAAUGUGGGCGGCAGGAACCCGAGGCUUCGCCCACAAUACAAUGACAAAGAGGUGUUACAAGGAACAGCCGUGUCGUCUGUAGUGUCAGCGUUGCCUCCAAGCAGUACGCUGACUCCUAACAACCAACAGAACUCCAAUAACUCACAAGAGCCUCACAACCGACAAAACCCUAGCUUCCGGCAGUCUCCCAGGGAGGGCCUUACUGGGAGCAGUUUUCAUUUUACCAAAGAUCCACUCUUCGGGACAGUAGGAGAGACAAGAAAGGUGACACUUGACCAAGCGCCGAAUACACCUUCCACCUACUCCACGUCUUCACCCGCAACGAGCACUCAGAGGAUAGAUCCUGGUGUCCUCAAGCUUCCAGGUCACGAGCCAGAAGCUCCUGCCGACCUGGUGCUCGUACAUCACGAACGAGCUAUUGAUACCCGCAACCAGACAGGUCUUAACGGGAUCUUCGUGAGGGACGACUCCACUGCACUUACCCCUGAAGGUGCCACGGCACUGAUCCUGGUGGGGAUCUGCACAGUCUUCCUUGUGUUUAUCUGCCUCCUCUUCUUCGUGCAAAAGAUUCGUCGCCAAAGGAUAGAGAGAAAAGUUGUGCAAGAUUCUGACGUUGUUAAACCUCAGACAACGUACGAGGCCACCAGCUCAAUGCACCAUCCAAACCCUCUCUCCCUUCUGCCACCGGGCUUCCUACAAGCUCUCACAAGUCUCACCCUCUCAGCUGCUGGCAGAACUGAUGACCAUAUGUCACCGUCCUUCCUGACUAUGGAGCCACUCCAGUCUAGUAAUAGUCUUGGUCGUCUGUGGUUCUCGGUGUAUUACGACUAUGUGGAAACUGCACUGGUACUACGAAUUCUUCAUGCCAGGUGAGACGGACAGACAAACAGACAGAGAUACG